UGUUUCAGUCCAUCCCACCCAAUGGCAUCUGAUUCAAGUAGCAUUGAUUGCAGGGAAAGAGAUUGAUUGUACCCUGCACCCUGUCGCUCAUGUGCGAGGUGUUUGCUACUUUACGCGCCGAUAAGGCGGAUUGGUGGCUCUCCUUGACGCGAUCGUGGCAUUGUGGCUCCAACCGAGCUCUUGAAAUGUUGCGACAGUGGGUUGCUCACAAUAGGCCACAAUCCCCAGAGGUGCAGAUGCACACAACACAGCAGAUAAUGGAUAUCUGCGGGUCGCUUCUCUCGUCUGAGAGUCCGCUAUACGCCGGCCGAGAAAGCGGGCGAUCGAUCUGUGAAGUCAACAUGUGUCUCGAGAAACGCAUUCAAAAUGAAGCGAAGCAGCCUCACGACACUGGUGUACUUAGCCAGAGUGUGUCUCUUCUGUUUCGGUUGUGGCGGCGUCAGGCUUGGUGCCAUUCUUGUCCCCCCUUUUUUUGCAGGGUCUCCACAAUCCGCAUGUGGUGCAGCUUUCGCCAUGUGCCGAGAGUUCCGCACGGCUCUAAAAACAAACAGGGACGUCAAAAUGAUUUUGGUCCUAUGAUGUCUGAAGGAAGAGUGCCAUUGCCUUGAUUCGAUCAAUUUCAGCGCUCCGCCAGCAUCUCGCCUUGGCGCUGAAUGCCUCAGCUUGACACAUGAGCUUGACGAUGGACGCGUCGUCGUCGCACUCGCUUCGUUGAACUAGUCAUAUAGUUCAGUACUUUUAUCUACCCAAGUACUCCAUUCCUCC